AAUUUGAUUUCUAUGAGUUGGUUUCAGGCUUUGAAGGUCAGGCAAAUAACGAAUCAUGACAGUCGGUGCAAAUGGCACGCGACAAGCACGAGCGCAUAGAAAUUAACCAACGUGACAGCAAAUUAAAUGUGUCUCUUAGUGAAUCGUAUUUUAGUUAAUUUAUCAUUUUAAAAACUGUAUAUUCGUUUCUAGACGUAGAUUGGUAUCUAAAAAUAUUUCAAGUAACCGUAAUCAAAGAAAUGCUGACAUCUACAGAAGAAUUGCGCAGAGCGGAAGCAAAGCGAAAUGACAACAACAAUUGCAACUUUGAAGAUUCUGAAUCAAUGACUUGGUCGGUGAACCCACAUUGCACAGAAGACGACACUGUAUUCACUCAUAUGAGCAAUCAUUCACAAAAAAACGACGGCUUAGCAAGAGGUCGUAGAAUCAAUUCAGCACCUCAACCGGCAUUGACUGAUACCGGAAAUGAGAAACGCAAAGGGAAACGACCUCGGAAUAUAUCGGAUGAUGCUGCGGAGACUGCCCCCGCAAAGACCGCCAAAACCUCGAUUCCCCCUCGAGGACAUUUACCAGCCGCUUUCAAGAACCCAGCAAGCGUCGCAAAACGCAACGCUCGCGAAAGGAGGCGAAUCAAAAAUGUGAAUUUAGCUUUUGACGAACUUCGUGAACAUGUGCCAUCCGGUGAACAAAAUAAGAAGAAAAUCAGCAAGGUUGAUACUCUACAGUCAGCUAUCAUAUAUAUCAAAACGCUGGAACGGCUAGUGAUGCAAAGAAGAAAACAAGAGAAAAAGGAAGAAACAGAAAACUUGGAAUCAGGCCUCGAUUCAGAGAAUGCAACAACUUCAACUGAAAUUUCAGUAAUUAGCGACAAUAUCAAUGUUUGCGACGAAACUACUUCUAGUAUAAACAAUGAUUCGAGUUCCGUGCUUGAUGAUCUUGAUGAUGCUGCAUCGACUUACUUACCCACAAGUCAACAGACGGAUGACAUUGUAACUAACGUCGAUUUCGACGACAGUGGAUAUUCCGACGGUUCACCGGGUAGUCAUUAUGAGAAAGGUAUUCACAUUCAUCAAGCAUAUGAAUCUGUGCCAUUCCAUCAGUCCGAUACCGAUUCAUCAUUGAGAGAAGUAACUGCCUACGAUAUUGAAAAGUUUUUGGACAACUCGAUGCCUGCAACUGAAAAUCAAUCAACCUUUCAACAAAUUAGUCCUCCCAUUUGCAUGAGUACUGCAAGUUUCGAAUAUCCAAGUUCGCUACCAGUAGUCAAUGGAUGGCAAGAAUAUCCUGACACCUCUAUGAUGUCUGGCCAUCACCAAUUCAAUCAUCUACCCCUAGCUUCGACUCCGAGAAAUGCAAACGAAGUAGCUGCGUUUGUUUUUCCCACUCCUAAUUCAAAUGCUCAGGUAACGACAUCACAACAACACAACAACAUUGCUAAUGUUUCUGCCAUACGUCAAAAUAUAUAUGAAACAGCAACCACGUUCGAAGGAUAUAGAUUCGGAGGUACCUACGCUUGAAGGAGCUGUCACAAUUGGCAGAAUUCAAGAAGACUACAUUGCAUCAAUUAGGAGCGAUUCCGUGGAACAAACUCCACGAAAAGUGGAUCAGAUAUCAGAAGAAUGCAAACCAAACAUUGAAUCAAAACAAUUCAAUCAUAUGCUGCCAAACUUUAUUACCAGUCUUUUAUAAAAAUAUCAUAUCGCACCAAAUUUUUUUUACACUGCCAACAAUUCUGUGAAUUUAAAUAAUAUUUUCUGAAAUCUAUUUUGUUCCUUACAAUGCACUUUUGAGAAAUUUAAAGUACUUUCAGCCAAUGAAUUCGCAAUCAUUUCUUUCAAUGCAAUUAUUUAUAAACAAAGUUUUAUGUCAAAACGUGCCUUAAAUUUUCGUACUACAACAAAUACCAGACAAAAAUUUAUUUUUACCAAGUCCAAAGUAAAAUCGCUUUUAAAUAAUCAUAUAUGCUUUUUUAUUGAAUUUACUCGGGCGACAGUAACGAAGAAUAAUAUAUUUAUGUCUGGGAGGGCGAAACAAAAUGGCGUAAAAAGCUGUAAUGUUUAUUAACAACAAGUGAACUAUAUUUUUGAACAACCAAAACUAAGUGUUUUAUAUUCUUUUAAUAUGAAAAACAAGAGUUUGCUUGAACACAUUCUUAUCGAAUGGCUUAUACUUUCUAUGUAAUUUAGACAGACAAUUUAGGAUCAGCCAAUCGAGAGUUUCAUACUCGCCUAUUAUGAUUCCGAAAUUCUCGUCCUAUACACUAAGACUAAGCGAUCCUAGAAUAGAGGUUUCCAUCAAUGCUAUAAUAUUUAAUUAUCUUACAGAAAUUAUGAUGCCGAUCUUGUUAAAAAACGUAUAUAUUUCUGAGGAAAUAAUAAAAAUAUCUUAUAAACGCCCGUGGCAACGUUCUUGGCAAUGAAAAUCAUAUCGGCAAUGUCACGUGUUUCGUAUGCGAAAUGUUGCACGUGAUAUACUUAAAAAUCGAUGUAGAUACGUCGUCCCGGAUCUAUUUUGUCAAAAUAAUUAUUAUACAAAAACGAACUCCACAAGUGAAUAUUAUUUUAUGAUA